AGUACUUCUUUCUGGAGGCUGAGCGCGCGCGUUCAGGUAACGAGAAGGAAACAGGACGCAGCUGCAGCACCGCAGUUCACGGUCACAGACUUUUUGUUUUUAUCUCUCUUUCCUCCGGCUGCUCCGCACUGAAUCAUCGCUGCCUGUUGCACACACUGUCUGUCUGUCUGUCUUUAGUGAGCGUUUCAGUGCGUGUCGCUGCAGGAGCAUGGCUGCCAUCAAAGCUCUAGAGCAGUGGUGUAAAAUCCACUGUGAGGGCUACCGAGAUGUGGCCAUCACCAACAUGACUACUUCUUUCAGGAGCGGAAUGGCUUUCUGUGCGCUUAUCCACAAAUACAGACCGGACCUCAUUGACUAUGACUCACUCAGAAAGGAGGAUGUGUUUGAGAACAACAGACUGGCAUUUCAGGUGGCAGAGGAGAAGUUAGGUAUCCCAGCUUUGUUGGAUGCAGAAGACAUGGUGGCUUUAAGGAUCCCAGACAGGCUGAGCAUUCUUACCUACGUCUCUCAGUACUACAAUUACUUUAAAGGACGGCCUCCCAUGGGAGGUAUAAAAAGGCCAGCAGAGGGCUGCAAAGAGGAGCCAUCGGAGAAGAAGAAUCUCCCAGUUGUUGCUAAAACCUUUGUGUCUAAAAAAGCCAUGGAGAAUUGUUUACCUUCAACCACACCAGCUCAGACAUCACCUAAGGUGGCUGUUCAGAUGGCAGUCCUGGCUGAAAACAGCAACAAAAAUGGGACUCUUAACAGCAAAUGUGUUGCAUGCAAGAGUCAUGUUCAUCUGGUUCAGAGGCACUUUGUGGAAAGCAAGCUGUACCACAGAAGCUGUUUUAAGUGCAGUGAAUGCUCCAGUCUGCUUCAUGCAGGUGGCUACAAACCUGGGAAGAAUCCAGACACUUUCAUCUGUAACGCCCACCACAACAGUUGCAAACCUUCCUCCUCUGACACUGGGAUCAAAAAUAGUUCAGCUGAGCGAUUAAUCAGCUCCAGUCAGACCAAGCAUGCAUCACGCCCCUCUUCUGUGCUGUCAGUCCCUCUAAAUAUUAUUGUGAAGCCCAUCAGCCCUCCUCCACCCGCCCAGUCCUGGACGGCCUCUGCACAGAAGACGCAGUCGGCUCGGCAGAGGUUUUUCCAGGCUGCCCCAUCACCUCCACAUGUCACAACGGGUAACAGGAAGCCUGCAGAGCCUUUAAGUGCUUCAGGAAGGCCAAAGGUCCCUCUGAGUUGUGACGAAGAGAAGAGCAGAGCCAGGGUGACCAUCGGAAAGAAAUUGGCAGAGGAGAACUGCAACAACAACAACAAACGCCCGUUCACCAUUCGACCUGCAGAGAGACGGUUUGGAGAUGAGCCAAGUUGGGCUGACAACUCCAGUCUGAGGAAAGAUAAAUGCAGCCAAGACCCAGCAGGAAACCGUACAGGACAGCCCUCCACCAGCCAGACAAACAAUAAGGAAUUUCCACGUCUGAAGGCCAUCAACAAAGACAACACAAAGCCAACAACAGAACACACAACCGCUGCAGAUCCAAUCCUGGAGAGGCAAUCACAUCUCAAACCUUUGAAAACUCUGCUAGAUCUUAAAGAUUCAGAAACGAUAGCAUGCACUGAGCCGCAGAGACCGGAGUUGAAGUUCCCAACAUCCUCUGAUGUCUCCAUCAGUACAACACAGCCUCCCUCGGCUCCAACACCUGCACAACCAGCAGUCAGCUUUGCUCCAUUUGAUCCUGCACAUUUUAGAGAAGCAACUCCACAGAAACCUCAGCAUGGCACUGAAAAAACUGGUUUUAAACACGAGAGUCACUCGCCUGUGAAAUCCCCACCCAGACGGCCAGCUGUGGAAUCUAUUAGCUCCUCAACGACUGCUGCAGCCAAUCAUGGAAAUCCGUCACGCGCUAAAAAGGGAAAGUAUUUGUCACCCACCAACGCCUCCAGGACUGAAAUGAGGUCACCCUCUGUGAAGUCUUAUCACAUUCCAGUGGAGCAGAUUGAGAGAGAGCUGGACGAUAUUGAGAUGAACUUGGCUCAGUUGGAGAAGGAGGGAGUGGAGCUGGAAAAGAAACUCCGCAGCUGUGAAGAAGAGGGAGAUGGAGACAUACUGAUGGACCCUCUGAUGGUUGAAUGGUUCAGUCUUAUCCGAAAAAAGCAGAAUUUCAUUAGAAAGGAGUCAGAGCUCGUUUACAUAGCCAGGACUCAGGAGCUGGAGCAGCAGCAGCCAGGUGUGGAGGGGGAACUCCGCAGGCUGCUAGAAAAGCCAGAUCAUUUAAAGUCCAGAGAGGAGCUGCAUCGGGAGAAGUUGUUGAUGCGGAGGCUGAUGGAGAUAGUGGAUGGCAGAAAUGCGAUUGUCGAGGGUCUGGAUGAAGACAGGCGGAGGGAAGUGGAAGAGGAUCAGCAGCUGAAUGAAAUGAUGAAAAAUCUUGGAGUUAAAAAAGCCAAAAACAAGAGGAAAUCCUCGAUCUCUAAGCUGUUCAGGCGAAGAAGUAAAAGACGAGUGGAAUGAUCCUUCAGACAAUUGACUUGUCUUGAUGUUUUUUAUGCUUUUAAAAAUCAAGGUUUUUAUAUUUUAAUAUUAAAGUACAUGACGUGAUAAUGAGAAAAAAAUAGAUGUCAAAUGAUGAUGAAAUAACAGGUUUUAUUUUCAACUUGGUGGUAUUGAAAAGUGUAAUUUUCUGUUCAAAAUUCUUAGUUCUUUGUGUUAGGGUGUUAUGAUUUCACAAGAAAAAUCUUAAAGAAAGGUGUAUUAUUCAGAAAUGAACUGAUAUCAUUUCCCUUAUGUUAUUAAAACUGUAGUAAAAGGGUUACAUGUGAAAAAUUCUCACCCAUUUGUUUUGACUGUAAAAAGAAAGACGUGACAUGUCUUGUUGAUGAUUAUGGCUAAUUAAUUCUGAGAAUGCCAUGGUUUGAGAAAAUUGGAUGUUUCCUGUUAGAAACUCAAACUAAAAUAAUUUCCAAGUUCCAGAGGAAACACGGGCUCUUCCACGAGUAAAUGAGAAUGAGCAGAAUAAAUGCAUAAUCCUUCAACAGCCGUGAUCCAAAAUGAAAUUAUUUCAGUUUUUAUUCAAUAAUGGAUUUUAACAAAUUUCUUGUAAGGAUAUUAGCAGGAGAAAAAGCCUUGACAAUUAAGUUAAAACGGCUGUGGAGUGUAAAAUGAAGAGCCACACAUGUUGAACUGGCCCGCUGCAGACUGUGGUUCCUCUCCCACGCUGUACUGUAGGUGGCAGCCUGGGUAUGCUGUAUCACAUGGCAGGAACUUGGAAAUCCAAUUUGCCACAGUGCGGACAGUUAAUUUCUUUGCUAAUUUUAUAAAUGCUGCAAAAAUGUUCAGCUGUGCUGAUGCAAUAAUGUUAUGUGAAAGAGGAUUAGGUAGAGCAGUAGCUUAUGGCCGGGGAAGGCUUAUAAACUAUAGGUUGUAUUGAGCUCUUUAUCUUCAAACUGGGUUUAAUUAAACGCUACUCUUUACUAAUAUCUGCAUCAGAAAUUCUCUGUACCUGCGCUAUUUAAUGUUUAAAGGACGUGUGGAGUCACUGGUGUGUGAAAAUGGCAUCCGAGUGUUUGCAGGGAAGGAAAUUUAGUUGUAUUUUAGCUUUUAUUGAAUGCUAUGUACUUGAUCCAUAUUUAUAAUAUUUUUAAACUUGAAAUCUGUUCAAUAAAUCUUUUAAAGAUUA